AUGUGGAGGAACUCUGUAGUAGAGGAAAUGGUGUUCAUACCUCUAUCGGAAAUUUUGCACAUUUAUAUAAUAAUCCUAGUGACAAUUGUGUUGCUGAGAACUUGUUUGGUUUGUUGUUAUGGGAUUCUUUAUCUGCAACUUGUGAAGGGUCAGUUUGGAGCUUUGUUUAUGAAAUUCCUGAAGAAGGUAUUCAUGGCCAGUUUGUUAGACCAACAUAUUGUAGACAGUCAAUGGAAGCAGGACAUCACUAUAGAGGGGUCUCACUAUAUAUAUAAUGCAUGCGCAGGAAAAGGCACUAGCCCGGUAUGGAAUGAGAAGUUCGAGUUCAGGGUGGACUCUCCAUUUGUAGAUGACAAUCAAUACAAACUCGUGCUCAAGAUCAUGGAUCACGAUACCUUCAGUGCAGAUGAUUAUCUCGGGGAAGCAACGAUCUAUGUGAAAGACAUUAUAAAAAUAGGGGUGGAAGAAGGAAAGGCUGAACUUCAUCCUCAAAAAUAUAGAGUUGUCUCCACUGAUCAAACUUAUUACGGAGAGAUUCAAGUUGGAAUUACUUUCACUGCAAAGCAAAAAACUGUUGAAGAAGAAGAAUAUGGCGGAUGGAAGGAAAGUGACUACUAGUUUUCCUACCGGCUACAUGGAACUUUCUGCAACCAAUACUUUAAUUAUCAGUGAAUAAUUUAGAAGUAUGUAAUAAUCCCUUUCUGUAUCUUUGAAGUAAUUAAACUGCACAAAUAUAUUAUUUUGGCAAAAAUGUACUUAUUGUAAAAUAGAAUGUGUUGUUAAGGAUAAAUCUCACAACGUUUAAAUAUCGAAAUAUAAACAAUAUAUAAGGGUUUA